GUGGACGGAUUUUGAUGGAUUUUCUGCUGAACUGGAAAGUUAGGAACACAAUCUGAAGAGACCCCUGAGGCUUGUGGUCUAGCAAGGGUGCCAAAGCAAAGAGAAACAAAGCACCGGUCCCUCAACGGAGCUGCUAUGCAUUUCCAGGAGUGGUUACGGUCACUUCGUUCCAGCGCUGGACUUAAGGGAUCUGAAUCUGAGGACUUUUGGAGUCUUCUGCCAUCUCUGCCCCUGUCCUCCUUUUCCCUGUCUUCUCUGUCUCUGUCCCCCACCUCUCUGCUGGGUUUAGGAGCUCUGGCAUCCCUCACUGCAUACUGGCUGGUGACCCGUCCUCGACCAAUGCGUCCUCCCUGUGAUCUCCAGGCCCAGUCUGUAGCUCUCGAUGGAGAUCCUACCUGCAGACGAUCAGCUCUCCUUAAUGAUGACUCACUGCUGGAGUUUUACUACGAUGACACCAGGACGGCCUACGACAUGUUCCAGAGAGGCCUGAGGGUAGCAGGAAAUGGCCCUUGUCUUGGCUUCAGAAAGCCAAAGCAGCCCUACCAGUGGAUCUCCUACACUGAAGUGGCGGAGCAGGCCCAGGUGCUGGGCUCAGGGCUCUUGGCCAAAGGUUGCCAGCCCAACCCACAGCAGUUUGUUGGGAUUUUUGCACAAAACCGACCAGAGUGGAUUAUCUCAGAGCUGGCCUGCUACACCUACUCCAUGGCAGUGGUGCCUCUGUAUGACACACUGGGGCUGGAGGCCAUGGUCCACAUCCUCAACCUUGCUGAAAUCACUCUAGUGAUCUGCGACCGGGAGGACAAGGCUGCUGCUCUGUUGGAGAACAAGGAGAAAGGCGAGACUCCAACGCUCUCCUGCCUGGUUCUCUUUAGCGAUUUCAGUGAUGCCUUCGCGGAGAGGGCGAAUAAAUGCGAGGUGGAGGUUUUGAAACUUGAGCAGCUCAUGGACCUGGGCAGGCAGAACCUCAAAGAUCCUGUGCCACCCCAGCCUCAGGAUCUGGCCGUGGUUUGCUUCACCAGUGGAACCACAGGGAAGCCCAAGGGAGCCAUGAUCACCCACGGCAACAUCGCCUCCAACACUUCCUCUGUCAUUAAGAUCCUGGAGGGUUCGUUUGUUAUCAGGCAAGAGGAUGUGUCGAUCUCAUACCUGCCGCUUGCCCACAUGUUUGAGAGGAUGAUUCAGGUCUCCAUGUUCUGCCAUGGGGCCAGAGUAGGUUUUUACCAAGGUGAUAUUUCUCUUCUUAUGGAUGACAUCAAAACUCUUAAACCCACCUUCUUCCCUGUCGUGCCUCGUUUACUCAAUCGCAUCUAUGACAAGAUCCUCGGUUCAGUGACCUCUCCAUUACGGCGAGCUCUGCUUCAUUAUGCUGUGAGGAGAAAGCAGGCCGAGCUCAGCAGUGGGGUUGUGCGAAACAACAGUCUGUGGGACAAACUGGUGUUCAACAGGAUCCAGGCCAACUUAGGAGGAAAUCUGCGGUUUGCCCUAACAGCUUCAGCACCCAUCUCCCCCACGGUGCUGUCCUUCCUCAGGGCCACACUGGGCUGUUUGAUCUUUGAGGGCUAUGGACAGACUGAGUGCACUGCAGGCUGCACUUUCUCCAUGCCUGGAGACUGGAGCGCAGGUCAUGUUGGUGCUCCUCUGCCCUGUGCCAUGGUGAAGGUGGUAGACAUCCCUGACAUGAACUACUACGCUAAGAAUGGAGAAGGAGAGAUCUGUAUUCGUGGACCCAGCGUGUUCAGAGGUUACCUGAAGGACCCAGAGAGGACAGCCGAGGCCUUGGACAGUGAUGGCUGGCUGCACAGUGGGGACGUGGGCCAGUGGCUUCCUAAUGGGACACUACGCAUCGUUGACAGGAAGAAGCACAUCUUCAAGUUGUCCCAGGGAGAGUACAUCGCUCCAGAGAAGAUAGAAAAUGUCUACACGCGAUGUGUUCCUGUGCUUCAGGUGUUCGUGCACGGAGAUAGUUUACAGUCUUUUCUAAUAGGCAUUGUUGUACCUGAUCCUGAGGUGUUUGUUGACUGGGUGAAAGAGCGAGGGAUUGUGGGAUCCUAUGAGGAGCUGUGCCAGAAUCCUGAUGUAAAGAAGGCAGUACUAGAGGACAUGAAAGUGGUGGGAAAGGAAGCUGGGCUUAAGUCUUUUGAACAAGUGAAGGACCUGCACUUGCAUCCAGAAUCAUUCAGUAUCGCCAACGGCCUUCUCACCCCCACUUUGAAAAGCAGACGUGCAGACAUCCGCAGGGUCUUUCAGGAACAAAUAUCAAACAUGUAUAGCAAGACGGCCAUUUAAAGGACUGAAUUCAGUAACUCACGCACAAUGACUGAGGCCGUCUUGUGUCCGAAAAGGGAAAAGAGACCCAAGAGAAAAUUUAAGAAAUCCAACAGUGCCUUAUUUUUAUAACAAAUUUGGGUCCGUUUUGGGAUAUUGAUAUCUUUCUUUAAUUCAUUUUUAACUCAUGUCCACUCUUGCACAAUUUAUUUUGUGUUAUAACGUUUAAAAAAUCCAAACCACAUUCCUUUUCCUUUCAAGUCUCACUGUUGUUUUUGUCACUAAUUCAGAGUUUGGGUUCACGGGGAGAUUUUACUGAUGAAUGUUUUAUAGAGAGAAAAAUCACAGAAGCUACUCUCUUAAACAAAGCUGCUCCGUCAGGAUUCUUGAAGGGACACCGCUUGGGUGUUGUUUGUUGUAGAUGUGCCAUUAACAGGUUUUGUAUUUCACGAUCAUCGGGUCUUUGAAUUGAAAUCUCAAAAGCUUUUCCUGAGCAUCCUGGAUCACUCACUGGUUUAGCAUUUCUUAUUGGUUUUCCUAAAGCACCACCAAGAGCUUGUAACCCUUCAUCUAAGGUUAAAUCAUUCAAACUAAUGAGGGUUUUAACCAGCAAUGAUCUGUAUAAUCAACAAAUGUCUGAACUGUAUAUAUUGCUUGUAUUAAGACUGUUGACAGGACACUACUGACUAAUUCCAGUAAAGCAAAAGUGAAUAGAAAUAAAGGUUAAUAACUUGAAAA